UGCCAUCUUGUCUGGUCUAGGCGAGUUGACUAAGGCAAAAGCGGCAGUUAGCUUGCUAGCUUGCUUCAGUAGAGAAGAAGGAAUCCUGACAGCUAUUACUGCUCAAUAUAGUGAGCUCUCCUGACGACGGCACAGCUAAACUUUCUUAGUUAGAAGUCGUUGUUGGGAUAUUUGUUCUUUUUUGAGAGUUUGUAGGUGGACAUAAUGGAUUUGUUUAUAUGAUGUCGUACAUGCUGGUUCCAAGGAAGGGAAAGAACUUGCUAACGUAAGCUAGCUGGCUACCUUUUGGGCUAACUAGUUAGCCAGCUACAGCUUGCUAAAAGGGAGAGUGGUGAAGAACGGGCCCGCCUCAGACUAAAGUAUCAGUAGCAGCUGGUGAGCUGUAACUGCGACAGGGGCCUGCUUGCAACUCCGGAGCCGGGACAACACUUCACGGAAGAGGCCAGGUCUGGAAGAACCAAAGGAGGAGAGGUUGUGUGUCAGGGAGACUGGUCCCUGCUCCCGCUGACUGAUACGGUCAACUCCGAGUUCCGAGGAAGAGGGCUAGCUCAUUGCUGGCUUUUACGGAGAUAUUGGGGAACACAUGAUGUCGCAUACUAGUUUUUGUCGUAGUUACAAACUGUGAACUGCUAACUUAAGAUAGUGAUAUUUAGCUAACUUGUCAAGUUGAUACACCAACCACUUUUAUCUGGAAAUAGAGGCGGGAGAGGCAUUGAUAUUCAACAUGUCAAAAAUGCCGGCAAAGAAGAAGAGCUGUUUUCAGAUCACAAGUGUGACUCAGGCUCAGGUGGCGGCCAGUACCAACACGGAUGACACUGAAAGCCUGGACGACCCAGAUGAAUCUAGGACUGAGGAUGUUUCGUCGGAAAUUUUCGACGUGUCUCGGGCCGAUUUGGGGGUAUGUGAAAGGAGUUCAUCCGAGGAAACCUUAAACAACGUAGGUGAUGCAGAGGCUGCUGCAGUAAUGGCGUUACAGUUAUCGUUAUCUCAAGAGGGGCCGCCACCGCUAGCAACAGGUCCUGUCAACGGGGGUUUUUCUGUUAAAAGUUCAGGCGCUGGUCAUGGUAUUACGCACGUUUUAGGAGGAAAUGUGCCUCCGCCAGCCGCAAGUCUGCCCUCCAUUCCAACUACGGCAAUCCAGCAGCCACCAUCCGUUAAUGCUGGCCCUGCCAGCGUGUCCCAAGCACCCCUGGCGGCCACAACCUCGACAACAACAAGUUAUAGUUCACGUUUCAGGGUCAUUAAACUUGACCAUGGUACAGGAGAGCCCUUCCGAAGGGGAAGAUGGACUUGCACAGAAUUCUAUGAGAGAGAUUCCGAUGGGUCUAGUAUGAGUAGGACUGUGGAUAGUAUAAAACACGCUGUCACCCUUGAUCACAAUGUAGACAGUGGGUUAGGGACUACUGGUGGCUCUGUAGUUGUUCCCACCAUCCUCCCAGCACAGACCCAGGAGUCCACCUCUGACAGCGGCUACUCAAUUGUCCACCAUGGCCAUCUCCCGGAGCCUCAGCAGCAAGGCUAUGGCUUAGCCCCUCAGAUAGGGAGCACAGCAAGUGCCUUCCAGCCCACUGGGUACUCAGCUGUGGGGUCUCAGCCUUCCCAACAGGCCCAGGUCAACGCACAGCCUGCUGCCCCCCAAACUCUCCUCACUGGGGGGCUCAAUGGUAUGCCCCCAGGUACCAUGCUGCAGAAAUCCCCCAUCAUGCCUCCUGCCACGCAGGCCCAGCAGCUGACCUAUUCCGCUCAUCCUGCAGGCAUCUCGACGACCCAGCCAGACUACAGACAGCAGCACUUUGCUCAGAUCCAGCCGCAGGGAUCCGGCAUUCAGACCCUUCUCAUGGCCUCUCUAUCCAUGGGACCUCCAGUGAGCCAGGGACCCUCACCUGUCAUGACCCCUGUUGGGGCUGGGGCCCAGGGACUGGGGCUAGGCGCUCAUGCUGGGGAGGUUCAGGCAGCCUCAGGCCAGGGGCUGUUGUUACAGGUGGGGGGCGGUGUAGCAUCAGGCCUUCCAGGUAGUGCCCUCCAGCUGCCUGUGAGCCAGCCCCAGCCUUCCACCACCCACACCGGCGUUCAGAACGUGCCUGCCACAGUGCCCAGUGCCACCAACACCCCGCCGGGCAUGCCAGGUGUCGUCCCCCAGGGCCAGGUAGCCCGUGGAGGGGCUUCGACGGUGGACCCCGCCGCCGGCUUCCCCCAGGGGGAGGACGGCCGCAGGAAGUCGGAAGCCCUACCUCAUCCCAGCUUCACAAAGCCUUCCAUCCCCGAAAGCCUACAUCUCGCCACUCCCACCGUCAACAGUCUGUUUGGGAUAGCUAUCCCCAUCGAUGGGGAUGAGGACAGCGGCUGUGUAACCAUGGAGCCCCAGUGGUGGCAGCAGGACAGGACGUGUGGAGAAGGGACGGUGACAGACACUCUUGGCGAUGAGAGGCCAGUCUGGGGGUCUGGCCAGCGAUGAAACGGCUGGAUGGACGGGGCUCUGAAGGCCUCCCCCCUGUCGCUGUGUCUCUCGCGGUGGUUGGGUCCGGAGCAGGGCCCAUGUUGACCUAUAGGCUUAUCUCCAUCCUUGAGGUGGCUCCGUUUUCAUGCUGACUUGGGCUUUUUCUGUUUGCUUCUCUCUUUUUCUUUGGGGAGAGGUUCUCCCGAGGCUUCCUAUAGAUUCUCUCUCACUUUUCCAACCCCCCCCCCCCUCACACACACACACACACACAUAGACACGUAAGAUAUUUCUGUUCUACAUUUUCAUGUUUGGUUAACCUUGGAGUAUGUGUGCAGGCAUGCGUGUCUUUAUUGGAGUCUUGAUAUUGAUAAAAACAAAGUGAAACUUA